CAUUAAAAGGUUUCCUUUCUUCAAAGGCAGGCUAAUGUUGGCAGCUUGGCUUCUCUGGAUAUGACCUUAAAUCUUGAGUGUGCUGGUGGAUGGAUUUGUGUGAGAUGCCAGAGAAAAUUUAUGCCCACUGGUGAGAACCUGGUGCCUUCCUUCCUCUCAUAGACAGAAGGAAAUGGCCUUUAUUCAGAUACAGCAUAGUUAACUCUGCAGGAAAUCAUCUGAAUAUUUUCAGACACUUCAAAAGAGUAUUUCAUAUGGCUAUUGGAUUCAAGAGCAGCUAGUAGCUUCCUAUCUCUCCAACACCAUUUCUAAAUUAUGUUUUGCUGUUUCUCUUGUCUCAGUCUGACGUUUGCCUUUGAUUACGGAGAUGAGUGACUUUACCUGUUCUAUUGAUCAGAAUAAAUUACCAGCAGCUAAUUUAUGAACCUCACAAAAGUGCCUUUGACAUGGUGAAUUGUACUCUGUUGUUCAGGUAAUUGGGUUGUCAGAAAAUCUUAUUGGUUACUAUAUAGUAUCUCUUACAGAAUAUUGGCUUAUUCAUGGAAAUGGACAACAUCUUUUAGAUUUCAGUUCACCAGAUGUUAUGAAGGCUGAGUAGGAAGGAAGGAAGCAAGCAUUCUUCUUGACAGGAUUGAUAGUAGAGAAAGCAUUUUUAUUGCUAUAUGUUGAUCUUCCACCUCUUAUUUCUGUGAAAGGAAGGUUACUUUGCUUGGACUUGUUCAAGUAUAAGUUUAGGAGGCUUGGUCAUUGCCAGCACUUGCAGAUUCAGCUUCCAAUUUGGAAAAAAACCCACGUGCACAGGACAGUAUUCUUGCCAUCACUGAAAUUCAGAAUCUUACCACUGGUUUUUUAAUGUCUGAGAAGGAUGGAAGAAAGCUCACAUUUUUUUUCCAGGUACGCUGCAAAGAUAACAAAGAUCACCUCAUUUCUGUCACAUCACAGAGAACAUGCAAAAUACAAAAACAAGAAAUGAGCAACAGGAAGAUGCUUUAACACAUGGUAGUUUUUACAGCCAGCUGCCACACUUGCAGGCUGUCACAUCUGCAACACUGAGAGAAGCAAGCAAAGGAUUACAGCAGGGAUGAAAAACAAAAGCAGCGCACAAGAGCUCACUUGGGCUCUUUGUAUGAAGAGCUCCUACCUGAAAACAUUUGUUUUCUUUAACUCCCAUUUGUUAAAUGGGAGUUCUCUAACUGAAGCUACAGAAGAGCAAGUACUUCUAUGAAGUAGCUUUUUUUUUAAAAUAGCAAACAGUCUUUUCCAGUGAUGCCUUCCCUGGCUUUUCCUAUGCACAUGCUGAGUUUUAAUGUGUAUGUUGGUUGUAUAGUGAUACAGCAUUGAUAACUCAGUGUUCGUUGCCUGAUGUGAUUGUCAAAUGUAAAGAAGGGUUUACAGAUUACCUCUGUAGCCUGGAAACUUUGGCCAAUGACAGUUUCUAUAUAUGCAGGUCUAGUUUUCCUCUUCAGGAAGAACUCUGUGCUUACACCAGGAGUUUGUUCACCCAGCAGUUUUUUAGACCCAAAUGUGAAGGAGUGGCUAAGGAACAGCUUUUCCACACCAGAUCCAGUCCAGGCCCACAUCUGACAGCUGAAGGAGGACUGUGGGCAGCUCCCUCUGCCUUUAUUUCUGUGGGAGCUCUGUGAUUCUUUAGAACUCCCCUGAGAGCUUUGGGUUAUCAAGUGACCUUUGUUGCAGCUGCAUUGCCUGUAGAAUGGCUCAUUUACCAAGCACAACAACACUCCUGUUUGGACAGGAUUCCACUGCAACUCCAUGCCUGACCUGGAGACCUUUGAUAUUUUGGCUGGCAGACUAGUUGCUUGUGCCCUGCUUGGUAUUUUCCUGUAAAAUCCAGGCAAGGUUUUUCUUUCUCCAAGAGACAUUACCCUUCUUCCCACUCAUUUUUGAGUCCAAGCAGCACUGAAUACUUAGCAGAUGAAAGGUCCACCCCUUCCUGCAGUGAGCACACAAACCCUCAAGCCACCACUUCCCUGCCAGACAGCACAGCAUUCCUGCUCAGGAGGUGUCUCUAAGGUCCUGCAGCUGGGCAUAUCUGCAUUUCUAUCUUUACUUCCUGAAAGGGACAUUUUAAAUGUACAGUGCAGCUGCAUAAUGUUAGCAUUAACACAAGCAGGAGAUGCCUAGGAGGCUGGGCUUCUUUGGGCUGGUACUCCCUGUGGAUACUCACACUGCUUUCUGCCGGUUUCUGACUGCUGUUACCCAGGGGUGACAGCCACAUUGGAGGAAUUUAGGAAUUGUUCUGAUGGGAAGAGCACACUUGCCUUUUGAUCUUGUUGAUAUCUACUACAUGAAAUUAGAUGGAAUUUUCUUUUCCUCCUCUUUUUUAGAGAAAAGAUUUAAGGAGACAUGGAACUUGAAAGAAUCAUUAGAGAGACACUGACGUGCUUCAUCCAGUCCCACAUCCCUGCUGCAGACCUCAGUGGGAUGGAUGAAGUUUUCUUCUCUUACAUUACGGGUGUCCUGGAAGAGCUGGGUUCACCAGAGUCCUCUGAGGAAACCUUCGACAUGGACACCUUUGUGGAAAUGAUGGAGGCAUAUAUCCCUGGCUUUGCAGAAAUUCAGAGUGGGAAUGUUUGUGAAAUGAUGUUCUCUCUCUCAGAAAGGCUUGGUGAAGCACGUAACAAAGAAAAACCUAGCCAAAAAGCUGUGGAAAGCAGAACAGAAGUGCCCUCUGAAGACCUGACCAAAGGCCAGGAGCCUGGAGCUGGAGUCUGCAAAGAUGAAAGGCUGUGCACACCUACAGACGGAGCUGGGGCCCAGGCAGGCGAUGACUUGAAGGGUGGUGUGGAGCUGCUACUGGAGAUGUUCCCAGCCUGUACUGUAAGCCAGGCAGAGAAGGCACUAGCGAUGGCCCUGGGUAACUUGGAAGAAGCAGUGCAGUUAAUUGUGGAAGAGAAGGUGGAAAUCGGCACAGCAGGUGCAAGUGUGAAGGAGCUGGUGCGGCCCCGCAGAGCACCCAACCAUGAGGAACUAAAGCAGGUUAUCUUACAGAAAUAUAUGAUGGUGGAUAGUGCAGAAGAUCAGAAAACACAUCGACCCGCUCCACCGAAAGAGGCUCCCAAGAAGCUGAUCCGCUACAUCGAUAACCAGGUGGUGAGUACGAAGGGAGAGAGGUACAAAGACAUAAAGAAGCCAGAAAGUGAGGAGAUGAAGAAAACUUACAUCAGCCUCAAACCAGCCAGGAAGUACAAGUUCCACUGACAGCCGUGUCCUCCUGCUCUUCAGCCUCCACCUCACUGGCCAGGUGUGGAGGAUGGACAUGCAGCACUGGGGAUGAAGGGACUCCCCUACCCAACACUAACUGGAACUAACCUAGGAGCCAGGACACUGCUUUCAGCUUCCUGAACUAACCUAGCUGAUACGGUCAAGUCUCCUCUCCUUGUGUAGCUGCGCUUCUGCCCCUGGGGCACUCCAUAAUGGUUGUUGGGCGUUCUCUGCUAUUCCUUGCAUGGGACUUUAGAUCUAAAAAUGUAGCUUGUGGUUUAGCAGCAAGCUUUUUAGAAAUCUCUGUGCACUGUUGCUUUGAGUGCAAGUGUUAAUAAAGGUGAUGUGAGUUGGUGUGUA